GGCUGCAGCAGGUGGGAGCGGGGCUGUUGAUAUCAAUAUGGCGGUUGUCAUCCAGACAAAGACAGUCAGUCUGAUGUGACUGAGACAAGGGAGGUUUUUCAGGGGAAGACUGGGAGAUAGGGGCCUCCCCUCCCCCUUCUCCUCUUCCUGAGCCGGCCUCUAGCCCGCCCCAAUCCCUCCCGUCGGGCGCCCCGCGCGGAAGACACCCCUCCCCCUCCUGCUUCCCUCCUCCCUACCUCAGCCCUUCGCACUGGGACGGCUGGGGAGGGGGUUGUGCCGGGCGGAGAGAACUCAGCGAGGAUUCUGAGAAUGAUACAGAACGUUGAUCAUCUCUGGAAAGACUACUGAUCCGCCUCAUGUAAAGUAUGCUCAGUUCCUUUCCAGUAGUUUUGCUGGAAACCAUGUCUCACUAUACAGAUGAACCCAGAUUUACCAUAGAACAGAUAGAUCUACUUCAGCGCCUUCGGCGUACUGGAAUGACUAAACACGAAAUUCUCCAUGCCUUGGAAACUCUGGACCGUCUUGAUCAAGAGCAUAGUGACAAGUUUGGAAGAAGGUCCAGCUAUGGAGGAAGUUCAUAUGGGAAUACUACCCACAAUGUUCCCGCAUCUUCCUCCACAGCUACAGCUUCUACACAGACCCAACAUUCGGGAAUGUCCCCAUCACCGAGCAACAGUUAUGAUACUUCCCCACAGCCUUGUACUACCAAUCAAAAUGGAAGGGAGAACAGUGAGCGAUUGUCUACAUCCAACGGAAAAAUGUCACCAACUCGCUACCAUGCAAAUAGCAUGGGUCAGAGGUCAUACAGUUUUGAAGCCUCAGAAGAGGACCUAGAUGUAGAUGAUAAAGUGGAAGAACUAAUGAGGAGGGACAGCAGUGUGAUAAAAGAGGAAAUCAAAGCCUUUCUUGCCAAUCGGAGGAUUUCCCAAGCAGUUGUUGCACAGGUAACAGGUAUCAGUCAGAGCCGAAUCUCUCAUUGGCUGUUACAGCAGGGAUCAGACCUCAGUGAACAGAAGAAAAGAGCAUUUUACCGAUGGUAUCAACUUGAGAAGACAAACCCUGGGGCAACACUGAGUAUGAGACCAGCCCCCAUUCCAAUAGAGGACCCUGAGUGGAGACAAACACCUCCCCCUGUGUCUGCCACAUCUGGGACCUUCCGACUACGGCGAGGGAGUCGAUUUACCUGGAGAAAGGAGUGCCUCGCUGUCAUGGAAAGUUACUUCAAUGAGAAUCAAUAUCCAGAUGAAGCAAAACGAGAAGAAAUUGCAAAUGCUUGCAAUGCAGUUAUACAGAAGCCAGGCAAAAAACUGUCCGAUCUGGAACGAGUUACCUCCCUGAAAGUAUAUAAUUGGUUUGCUAAUAGACGGAAGGAGAUCAAGAGGAGAGCCAAUAUUGAAGCAGCAAUCCUGGAGAGUCAUGGGAUAGAUGUACAGAGUCCGGGUGGCCACUCCAACAGUGACGAUGUGGACGGCAAUGACUACUCUGAGCAGGAUACUUGGCAAGUACGCAAUGGGGAGGAGGAGGAGGGAAGAAGUUCAGAGGGAGGCAGAGAAGCAGAGAAGGUAGAAGAAGAGAGGAGGAUCUGAUCCAAACAAGAUGACAGCACGAGCCAUAGUGACCACCAAGACCCCAUCUCGUUAGCUGUGGAAAUGGCAGCAGUCAACCAUACUAUCUUGGCAUUGGCCCGACAAGGAACCAACGAAAUCAAGACAGAGGCCCUGGAUGAUGACUGAUCAGGGAGGGUUAGACACAAGUUAACUUAGUUUAGACGUAGCACCUUAGCAGACUUUCCUUGGUCCUUAACAUGUGUUCUUACAGUAUAACUUGCAGUUUCUUGUAUGUCAGGUAGCCGUUAGGGUCUUGUUCUGUGAAGAUGGCAUGGUGCCCUCAGCCUUUGCAUAUACUCUCUCAGUAUUAAUUCCCAGUAAAUAACCAACCAACGAACCAAACUUCCCUCUCCCAGCCCCUGAGGCUAGAAAAUCUUGCUGCUCCGUCUUAGCAUUCCAAGAAAGUGCUUCCAGGUAUUUAGAUAUCCCUCAGUUCUCAAGUAUUAGGCUGUGUGUAAAAUCUUGGGUACCUUUAGAUACAUGUAACACUAGUGCGUACCCCUUUUCCUUCCCCAGACUGAUAGGAUGCAAGCUGAGGCAGAGGCACAGGAUUGCAGACACCACUUGGGGAGCAUCCAGAGCGAGAGGAACACUAGAGCCCACCUCAGCGUGAGAAUCACUGAUUUCAGCUGCAAUAAGCCGUGCCUCAUAUAGUCACACUGUGGCUAGAUUAUACUUCUUUGGGUGCUGUGCUAAGAAUGUCCAUGGAAACUCAAGCUCAGAUUUGGUUGACACAGACAUCCCUUCCUCUCACAAGCUGUGUGACCUAGUAGAUAAAAUACUGCCUUCUGCCUUUGGGACCAUGAUUCAAAACAAAAAGACAAAAAAAAAAAAAAAAAAUUAAAAAACAAACCCAGAGCAUUGGAAAAAAGUAUGAGCUGAAUGUCUAAUGGAUGCUAAGUCCAGUCCUCUGAACCACUGUACAUUCCGUGGCACAGUUAUCAGUGCCUGCCUGGAAAAGUUUUGGAGGUUAUCCUUGUGUCCCCUGUCCUUGCUACCAAAAACGUCUUUCAAGGAUGGAGCUAAGGUCAAAAAUGAGUAAAAGAACAGUCUGUAUCCAUUAGCAGAAGCCCCCUCGGUCUGAGUCGUUAGAGAACUUGGGGGAUUUUGCUGACUUGACUCACAGAUGCAAACACUUGCCUAAAUAGCAGAAAAAAGCAGGGGACAUUUACCACUUUGGUGGUGGGUGUGUGAGAUACUGCAGGAUGUGACUGCUUUGUUCUCUUUACUCUGUCCUUGUAGAGGUGUGAAAAGCUAUAUUGCUACAGGCAAUUUAUUUAAUAAUUGGAAGCCAUAUUGAUAAUGGAUGUGGUAAUAUUUGUAAAGUUGAAUCUACUUUAAGCAGCAGUAACUAAUGGAAUUUUUUUCCUUGAUCACAUAUGUAGCACUUUUGUUACUUUUAAAAGAUAUUUAUAUUUGAUAAAUAUCUUUUUCGUUUUGAGAACUCAAAAUACCAAACAGUGAACUUGCGUUAUAAAGUCACCCUGUGAUCACCUUGUCAUCUAGUAGCAAAAUGAUGAACUAUUCAUGCAUCAAAGAAAAUUACAUCUGCUGGCCUCGUAUGAAAAUGAUCUCCUGGUAUCCGAUUAAAUGACACAUUGUCACUGUGGGUCAGAAGAAACAGCCUUCAAUGCAGAGGUGGGGGUGGCAGAAGGGGCACAACAGCCAUGAAACCAGCACAACCACUUUCUGCUGGUUCCAUCGCUCCUCUGUGUGCCCGAAGAAGCCUCACUUGGGAGGAGGCCGGGUGGACUGUUAGGCAAGCUUCUGUCUUUCUCUGUCCAUUAAUUGAAAACAGCUUGAGGUAGAAGGAAGAUGCCAUUUCCUUAACCCCCCCCUCACCAAAUGUGCUUAACCUAAUUUAAGAGAGGCUCACUGGCCUUCUGUGUUUCUCCCUUUCUCGUUGGGGUGUUUUUAGCUGGUCUCUGCACUUAAGGCAACACUGAUGCAAUCAUUCCCUUGGCUGUACAUUGUGCUUCUGGAAGUCUUUGUGAGGGCAUGUGUAUGCCACCUUCCUAUGUCUGUGACUUAAGAGUUAGGUCAGGGCCUGGUCCUGCCCUGUCCCUGGAUUUCAGGGGAAAAUGUAUACAUUUUCCUCAAUUUCCAAGAGUUGAA